AUGCCACCAAAGCCGUCUGCCAAAGGAGCGAAGAAGUCCGCGAAGAGCAGGAGGGAGGCAAAAUCGGGCGACAAGAGGAGGAAGAGCAGGAAGGAGAGCUACUCCGUCUACAUCUACCGUGUGCUGAAGCAAGUGCAUCCCGACACUGGAGUCUCAUCGAGGGCCAUGUCGAUCAUGAAUUCGCUUGUGAACGAUGUCUUCGAGCGCAUCGCUGCGGAAGCUUCUCGUCUUGCUCACUACAACAAGAAGACCACCAUCUCCUCUCGUGAGAUCCAGACCGCCGUCCGCCUGAUUCUGCCUGGAGAGCUGGCCAAGCAUGCUGUGUCGGAAGGCACGAAGGCUGUCACCAAGUACACUUCCAGCAAGUAA